AUGGCGCUUCCUCCAAAGUGGUAUCAAUUCCUUGUCAGUGUCUUCGCCUCAUUAGGAUCGUACCUAUACGGCUACGAUUUGGGUGUCAUCGCCGAGGUGGUUGCCAGCAACACCUUUGUGGCCAAGUUCCAACCAGAUGAUACCGAAUCGGGUCUCGUCGUGUCCAUGUUCACCACUGGUGCUUUCUUUGGUGCUGCCCUAGCAGGUCCCAGCGGCGAUUAUCUGGGCCGUCGAUGGACUAUCACGGUCGGAGCCUUGAUUUUCUGCCUGGGAGGUGGACUUCAGACAGGCGCAGAAAAUAUCGGUUAUCUCUGGUCGGGACGAUUUCUGGCCGGAUUGGGGGUGGGUUUCCUUGUCAUGAUCAUUCCCCUAUAUCAAGCGGAACUGGCCCACCCAAGCAUUCGGGGACGGAUCACAGCCUUGCAGCAAUUCAUGCUCGGCGUGGGCGCCCUUGUUGCGGCUUGGAUUUCAUGGGCCACAUACGUCCACAUCAAGGACAACAGCGCACAGUGGCGAGUUCCUCUGAGUUUGCAGAUUGUGCCUGCUGUUUUCCUCGGCUUGUUGAUUUUCUUGUUUCCUGAAUCUCCCAGAUGGCUGAUGGACCACAAUAAACCCGAAAAAGCUCUCAAAGUCCUCGCUCAACUUCACGCUCACGGCAAUGAAAAAGAUCCUUGGGUUAUGGCCGAGUAUGAACAGAUUCAAGCCUCCAUUGCCCACGAACAUGAAUACGAAGCCAAGUCCUAUCUCGAACUCUUCAAAUCCCGAGCGGCUUUUCGAAGGCUUUUCCUCUGCUGCGCACUGCAAGCCAGCGUCCAAAUGACGGGAGUCAGCGCAAUCCAAUACUACUCCGUCACAAUUUACGGACAGAUUGGUAUCUCCGGAGAUGACACACUCAAGUAUCAGGGCAUCAAUAGCAUCAUCGCAUUAGUCGCACAAUUUUGCACAAUCCUAUUCAUCGAUCGCACUGGCCGGCGCUGGCCGUUGAUCCUCGGCAACCUGGGCAAUAUGGUGACCUUCAUCAUCGCAACAAUCCUACUUGCUGAAUUCCCCCCCGGCGUAUCCACAAAUAGAGGCGCCCAAUGGGGCUUCAUCAUCAUGACCUGGCUGUACAACUUCAGCUUCAGUUGCACUUGUGGACCAUUGAGUUGGAUCAUUCCCGCCGAGGUAUUCGACACACGAACUCGUAGCAAGGGCGUCAGCAUUGCCACUAUGACUAGCUUCGCCUUUAACACCAUGAUCGGCCAAGUGACACCGAUUGCCAUGACCAACAUCGGCUACAAAUUUUAUUACCUGUUUAUCAUCUGCAAUUUCACCAACGCCGUCUUUUUCUGGCUUCUCCUGCCCGAAACCGCCCGCCGCCCGCUCGAAGAAAUGAACUACAUCUUCAGCAAUGCGCCGUGGAUGGUCGUCGGCACAAGCAAGGACAGCUAUGUUAGUCAUGACCUAGAGAAUAGGUUCACUGAAAUCACUGCCGAGGUCGAGGUCAAAAGAACAGAGAGUGUGAUGCACGAAGAGAAGGCUGCGCAUUAA